AUGUCAAAAGUGCUGACAGAUGCUGUCAAGUCCUGUAAUGUGAGAUGGUAUUUUCUAUGCUUGUUCAGCUCACCAGAGGCUCAGCGAUCUCGCUCCAAGAAGCAGCACAGCUCAGACGUUGACUCGUCUCCAGACCAUCGUUCUACGCGACACCAAGAUGUCCAACCUUCCAACCAACAGACAUCCAGAGACAGUCCUAGAGAUGGAACGAGGGGGAGAGAAGGCCAGAAAGAGAAGGAAUGGGAUAAAAAGAAGGAGAGUGUGUGUAGCACCUCAGGCUUGUCUGAGGGUGAUCAGGGUCAAGCUAGGACGAAAAGAAAAAGUAGAAGUAGAAGUAGGACCGCAAGUGGAGAUCAGAAGCAAGCCUCACCAAAGGGGCCAGCAACUUUGCAAGUUCUUAAUCCAAGUCAAGAGCAUGAGGUCUCGGAAAAAGGCACUAAGCCAGAGGUCUAUUGCAAUGAGAGAUCAAACAGCCGUGACUUGAGCUAUUCCCCCAUACAGCGUGAACCGCAGAGAUAUGUGAUAGGCACAGACCCACAGAAGGUGAGGUCAGGGUCCCGUUCUGUGAGCAAGUCGCCAAAGAGAUUGAAUGUUAGAGAAAGCCCUUCCUGUGGGUCAAUACCUUUGCCAAAAGUAGGUAGUCCAAGUAAAGUGGGAUUAGGAGAUAAAAGUAGCCCAAAAUGGAAUCAGAAUCAGACAGUGUCUAAAGUCUUAGAAACCAAUGAUGUCCUGAGAAGACCAGGUGAACUGGUCGGCGUCCGGGCCAUUGGAUCUCAGGAGUUGCCCAGACUUCCACAAAAUGGGCGGCACACAGGAAGACCUUCUGCUAGCAAAUCACCAGCACCUCACACCAGUGGGGUGACGGCAGCUUCACCAACCCACAGCAGGUACUCCCGAAGCUCCAGCAGAGGGAGGUCAUCUUCACGUAGCACUCGCAGCUCACGAUCUCCGUCUUCGUCAAGGUCCCGUUCACCAUCACCACGCUCACGGUCACCUACUUCUCGCUCGAGAUCCCCAAGGUCUCGUUCUCCACAUUCCCGGUCUAGAUCACACUCCCGUUCAAGAUCCCGUUCCCUGAGAUCACACUCAAGAUCUCGCUCGUAUACAAGGUCAAGGUCUCGCUCGAGGUCCAGAUCAAGAAGAAGUAGGUCCCGGUCUCGGUCGCGAUCCUACGGCCACUACAGUAGAUCGGCCUCGCGCUCAAGAUCCAGAACGAGGACCAGGUCCCGUUCACGGUCGCUCUCCAUCCCAAGGAGGAGAGGAUCGCCUUCCUUUCUUGACAAGAGAAGGAUAACAAGUAUUGAUUGAUUGAUGGUGACAUGUAUUAUUCACUGAAUAUGAGGUAAGUAAUAUUUCUCUGUGUUUUUAAUGUCAUGUUAAGCUUAAGUAUACCUGUCUUCGACUCGCUGCUUCUCAGCUUGCCUAUUGUAAUGAGAAAAUUAACAGCAUAUUCCAGAGUGAUUUCUUUUAGUCUUGACUGGCCCUGCAUCAUCAUAUAUAUUUUAUCUGUGUAGCCUAAUUCAUUCAUAAGCAUUAUAACUUGGAUUUCAUCAACUAACAUUGGCUUGGGAAGAAUGGCUUUUACUUUGCUGUUGUUUUUCCAAUUUCCUUUUUUACUUCAACUGCUACUAAUGUUUUUAACAUUAUUAAAGUAAAGGAAAAAAAUAUAUAUAUAUAUAGUUUGGCACCUCUAGAGCAUUUGCAAAAAGAAUGAUUGCUAAGAAAACCACUAACACCACUAACACAACUAACCUUACUAACAAACAAAACAGCGCAAGGAAGCGACCAGUGCCCUACCAUCGGCCAACUCCCCCCCCUUCCCCAUCUUCUUCCGAAUCAUCUUGGUGGUCUCGCAGCCGUAGCCGCACUCGGAGCAGAUCCUGGAGCCGUACGCGUUCUCCCUCC